GACACUUCCGCCUCCUCGCCGGACGGAGCUUCGUGUUGAUAUUGACAUGCUUUUCAGACGUACACCAAGAACAUUUUCUCCCUGAGCAGCAGGAGUGGACCUCCAGUAUGGCGCAGGAGGAGCCACGACCCCCACACCUUAUGGAGGAGGAGGCGGAGUUACGUCCCCCUCACAUUAAAGAAGAAGAGGAGGAACAUCACAUCAGUCAGGAGGGUGAGCUGGAGGAGUUCCCAGUGACUGGUGUCCCUGUAAAGAGUGAAGGUGAUGAGGUCAAAGGUGAAAGUGAGGAGAAGAGAGAGGCGGAGCCUCCAAGCAGCAGCUCAACUCAACACAUGACAACAGAAGCUGAUGGAGACCACUGUGGAGGAUCACAAGCAGACAAGCUCUUAGCUCCACUAUCAGAUAGUGAGGACACAACGUCACACUCUCCUGACACUGAUGAUGAACACUCUAAAGAUGAUAAGACAUGUCACACUGACAACACACACGUCACAUGUUCUCACUGUGACAAAACCUUUAAGUACCCGAGUCAUCUGAAAGUACACGUGAGAACACACACUGGAGAAAAAACAUUCAUGUGCUUAGUUUGCAAAAAGAGCUUCUCCCAGAAGCAACAUUUGAAUAUACAUGCCAGAACACACACUGGAGAAAAACCUUUUUCAUGUUCAAUCUGUGCUAAAGGUUUUAUACAAAACUGUGAUUUGAAAGUACACGUGAGAACACACACUGGAGAAAAACCAUUCAUGUGCUCAAUUUGUCUUAAAAGCUUCACCCAAAAGGCAUAUUUGAUAUUGCACACAAGAUUACACACUGGGGAAAAACCUUUUAUCUGUUCAAUAUGCGGCAAAGGUUUCAUUCAACAUCAAUACUUGAAAUUACACGCAAGAAAACACUCUGGCGAAAAACCAUAUUCCUGUUCAAGCUGCAGCAAAAGCUUCGCUGACCGAUCAGGGCUCGUAAAACACACGCGAACACACACAGGAGAGAAAGUGUUGAGUUGCAGUGUGUGUGGUGAAAGAUUCUCUUUUAUGUACCAGUGUAAGAAACACAAGUGUGCUGGUGAGAACAGCAGCAGGAUUCGAAAUAGACUGGCAAAACUUUGACUUUCUAACAAUAUCAGCACAUAUAACAUGUGCAGCAUCAUUGUUGUGUGUGUAACACAAUCUUGUUAAUAUGCUCCUAACAUUUAGAUUAGAUUUUAUAAGAUUAGUGUUUUUCAGUCAAGUGCACAUGUCAGUAGUACACAACAUUGUGUACAUAUGGAGUGUGACGUCACGCUCGCUUGCUCUUUCGUCUCUAAACACCAGUACAUUUUAUAACACCAGGAAAAGAGGCCAUAUUUGUUGCUAGUCGUUUUUAAUUAAAACGUCAUUAAAUAUCUUUAGACACUUGAAAAAUUCUCAACAAAGUAUAUUGUACGAAAAGCAGCAACAAUUGAAAAUAUGGUAAAACGAUAUAAAUAUUUGUCAAUAUGAAUAACAAAUUUGUUUUUAAAUAUAUGUAUACAUUUUUUGUUAGCCUUUUUAAAGAAACAAAUGUCAUAAUAGCACAUUUUGCAAAUUACGCUUGAGGUCAUGCUGACCACGCCCCUGACCACGGCCUCUCCGCCACAGGUAUCUUGGCAGUCUAUGGGAAACCCUGCCUACCUGUACUUACAUUUUUUUCCCCCAUUCAUUAAAAACACAGCACAAAACAUGUUGCCUACAUAUAUAUUCAUAAUAGUGUUUUUGAAUUUUUUCAAAUGUAUGAAGCGUUACAUAUUUGUAUUUCAAGUUGUAAAUGAUUCCAUAGAUGAACUCCAUUAUAUGAUAUACAUAUUUGUUCAUAACUUUGCUUUUGAGUACACAUAAAUCCCUCUUAGUUCAUAUUUACUGGUUCACAUCUGAAACAUCUUCUGGACCACUUCUGGAAGCAUAUUAUUAUUUACUUUAUACAUCAUUUGAGCAGUUGUCUUUUAUACAAUUUUGAAAUGUGUGACUUUAUGAAUCAUUUGUUGGGUCUCUAUAAUCCAUUCUAUGAAUUAUUUAUAUUACUCUCUUUUGUAAUAUGUUUUGUGAUUGUUUUAUAUGUAUGUCCUCAGACCUUUAUGCAAUAAACAAUGUAUGCUUUAACAAAAAUGGGUAAAUAAAUGUAGUUAAUAUUUGGUGGCCGAAUAAGAUGCAUGGAUGGAUAUUUGGUGGGUUUUGUUUGUCAUUUGAUUCACAUAUUCCUGGAUAAAAAUAAAUCAUAAUAUACCAUUAUUAUUAUUAGUGAAUUUACUGAGAGUUGACCCCCAAGUAAUGACUCUCCUUUCGAAAUGUAAUUAAGG